AUGCAACCGAUUACAGUAUGUUUUAUAACCACAAAACCUCCUCCUUCGAUUUUUUCAAUAAAUAAAAAUUGGUUUUCCAUUUCAGUAAUAUCAAAGCAAGAUCUAAAACAUCUAGAUGAGUGGGAACUUAAAGUGCUCCGAGAUUUUGUAAGAGGAAGAGGUCGUCCGAUCGUAGAAAGAAUUCCUCUGGACCUCGAAGAUGGUCCAGAUUUUGAAAUGGGUGGACAGGACUCUGGAUUGAUUGAUCUUAUGAAUCCAACGAUGGUAAAUCAAGGUGGAAUGUUUUCAACUCAAGAAAAACCGAAACCAAUCUCUAUUCCCAUGAUUCCACCACAACCGAUAACCCAAAUCAUCACACCUGCUUCCAAACGGAAACCGAAGCCACCAUCAAAGCCACCAAAAGCUGCUGAUGACAAACCUUCGGUGGAGGAUUAUGAGCAACUAGCUAGUAUGAUACAGAUGUUCAUAGAUCGUAGAUCUCACAAACAAAAUGGGGUCAAGACUCAAAAGCCAUCUAAAAGUAAGGAAAAGCGCCGGAAGAAUUCUGGAGAAGUUUCUUCGGAAAGGAGAAUCAAUUUGAAAAGCGUCAAUGCUUUACCUGACCAGAUUAUCAUUGCUUCCAAAGACAAUCAGGAUGUCACGUUUGAUACAGACUCGAAUAAUUCGAAUAAAUGGAAACCAAUGCAAAGAUUUGCGAGUGGAGAAGAAGAGAAAACAACUAGUACAAAGAAACCGAAAAACACGAAAAAUUUGCCUCCGAAAUCGCGAGAAGUCUACGAGACACGAAUGAAGGAAUUGAGCACGGAACUAACAAAAAUACUCAAACAACUAGAGACCACAAAAACUGAUCAACAACCUCAAGUCCAUGUACUACGAAAUGGAUCCGCUGAACAAACGGCCGAUGGACAGUAUAUAUUCGUUGCAACGAUCACACUGGUCAAAGAUGGAGAUAAAAGUAUUCUCGUUGAUACCGGACUUGGAACCAAUAUCAAUGCACGUACAGAACUUAUCAGAUCGCUAGAAUCUCAUGGUCUGAGUCCAGCAUCUGUGGAUAUUGUAGUGAGCACUCAUGGCCAUCCGGACCAUGUCGGAGGUGUUCAUGACUUCCCGGAUGCGAUUCAUUAUCAUGGAUGGUACUCUCAUCAUGGGAUGAAAUUCAAUUUGACUGCUCUUUUCGAGAACGAUACAAUGAACCUGUCUGAAAAUGUGAUGCUGGUCAAAUGCCGCGGACACACAUCCGACGAUAUUGGAGUUGUUGUUCGGGACGUGAAAGGGCGUGGCGACGUACUUGUAUCAGGAGAUCUAUUCAUGCGAGAGGAAGAUAUCGACCAUCCGAUGAUGUGGCAACCAUUAUCAGCAGAUGUUAUUGCGCAAAGAGACUCGAGAAGGCGAUAUGGCUGCAUAGUGAAUUGGAUUGUUCCGGGCCAUGGCAGCAUUUUUCCAGUAACAACUAAUGUUAAGAAAUCGCUCAAAUGUUAA